CACGUGUUUUUUGUAAACAGAGUGCACCUGUUAAAAGUAGUAGAUGAACAAGAUCUGUUAGACAGUAAAUUCUUGCCUUAUAAUCUAAAUGUGCUACAACAUCUGAAGAUGAUGCCAGUCAUGAAAAGGACAGAGUUACCUCCUCCUACUUGUUAUUUAAAGACAUUAUUGAUUAAAAAAGUUGAAGACGGAUUUUCUGUUGUGAAGGAGAUGUUGUCAGACAGUUUGACCAUUUUAGAGAAACAGGAAUCUCUAUCAAUGGAGAGUUAUGUUUUGUCUAGAAUGUUAUAUAAAAUGAACAGUCAGUGGAGAAGUGAAAAAUCUUUACAGGGUUUGAAAAGAAUUAAAACUUGUUUGAACAGAUACAAAGACUUGAAGUUAAUUGAAUAUGUUGCAGAACUCAAAGACCAUUUUGAUGGGUGUGAUUUGUAUCUUGGAGAAAUAUAUCUGCCAGCACAACAGAUGAUAGUUUAUCUAUUGAGAAAGGUCAUAUGCUUGGCAAGUCUGAUGACACAAAUGUGCAAUUACUGCAAGUACACAUAUGUAUAUAUUAGUCAGAACUUAUCCAUUGGAAACUUUAUACCACAGAACAUGGUUUUCUUGUCAAUGGUCAGCAGAAUAUGGGCACUUGGCAAGUCAUUAGGUCUUCAUUCUGCUAGAUGGUAUGAAGGAAUUAACAGAUGCUUGGAUGUUUUUCCUCAAACACAGGUACAAACAGUAACAGCAGAUCUACCUAGCACAUUGUCAUCAAUCCUGACUAUGGAAGAAUUUCAAUCAGAUAGUCCUGAGGGCAACAUAUCACUCAGUCCAGAGGACUUAUCAAUAGACAGUGAUGAGGACAUGGAUUUCCAACCAGAGGCCCAGUGGGAAGAAGAUACGUCUAGAAAAGACAAAGUUGAAACAAGCAAACCUGAAACAGUUGUCAGGGAUAAAUUAUUGGAGAGAAGAAGCAAUGUGAACAAUGACAUGGAACUUAGUGAUAGUGAAGAUCUGGGACAUGUUGUUGUGAGACAAGAACCUAAGAGCCACACUUUAAGUAGAAACAGUGUAGUGAAUCAGAUAACAGAUGAUAAAAACAUGGAAGAUUUAGGCCUUCUUGUGUCUAGAAAAGAAUUAUCAUGUAACAACUGUGAUAAUAUAGAAAAAAAGACUUUGAGACAAGAAAUUGUAAACUGUAAAUCCUUCAAAAAGAUGAAAGAUUUAUUAAAACAGUUUGACAAUUUGGAUGAGAAUGCUUUUCAUUUAAAAACAUGUAAAAAUAAGCUGAGAGAACUAAAGAAAGAACACCUAAUAUUGAAAAGAAAUGGAUCAAAAGACAAUCAAUUUAUUGAACAAGCCAAAGAGGAGGUAAUAAAGAUAAUUGAUUUAUUAAAGGAAGAUAAAAUCCUGGAGGAAACACACAAUGAACCAUGUGUUAAAGAUGACAAUGUUGAUAUUGCUGAUCAAGUCAGUAAAAAUUUAUCAAAUACCGAGGCAUUGAGGAAAUCAGAGCACAGAGAUUUUAAUAUUGAAGAGAUAUUUAAAAAACCAUACAAAAACUUAUUGAAUUUAGUUGAAGAUCAGGGAGUUGAUACUUCAUCAAGAAAAAGACAGACAAAAGUUAAAAAGUGUUCUGUGAAUGUUACAAUCUUAAGGAAAAAAUAUAUGGAAGAAUCAAAGAAGAAAAAGAAAAAACAAUAUGUUAAGCUAGCAAAAGAGGAAGUGAUUGAAUUGCUAAAUUCUUUCUCUUAAUAAUUAUUAAAGAUACUUACUUA